GUCUAUUAAUGAGUUCCUUUGUCACAUCGAUGCAUUAAAAUCAAUUUACGUAUCUGUAGUCUGUUACACCAGAUUAGUGGACUUCAAUUUCGAUUACCAAGUUGGAAUGUAUUUUGUUUUCUCGUGGUUUACAUAAAAUACAUUCGAGGUUUUCUUUUUGAACUAACGCAAAAGUGUGAGUGUGUGUGUGUGUAUAUAUAUAUAUGUAGGCACAACGUUGUACAUAACACAAGAAGAAAAAAAGAGAGAAAAUGGAGAAUCCUCAGAGUAGAAACAAGAAAAAGAGGCUAACACAAGAGCAAGUUAGACAACUGGAGAAAUGCUUCACGUUGAACAAUAAACUCGAGCCAGAUCUCAAGCUUCAACUUUCCAACACGCUAGGUCUACCUCAGAGACAAGUCGCAGUCUGGUUCCAGAACAAGCGAGCCAGGUCCAAGACUCAGUCUCUCGAGCUCCAAUACUGCAAUCUCCAGUCCAAGCUUGAAGCAGUUCUCUCCGAUAAGGCAAAGUUAGAAAAUCAAGUGCAGUUUCUCCAAGAUGAGCUUAAAAGGUCUAGGAAUCAGCUUGCUCUGUUCACACAUCAAGAUUCUCCUGUGGAUAAUUCUAAUCUUGGUUCUUGUGAAGAAGGUCAUGAUGACCAAGUGGUGGUCUUUGACGAGCUUUAUGAUUGUUUCGUUACCAAUGGACAUGGAUCUUCAUCAACCUCAUGGGUCUGACUCUGUUGCAACACAUACGACGAGAUUCCAAUAUUUUCAAUAUUAUCUCUAUUGUAAUUAUAGUCGCUUACUUAUACCAGUGUGUGUGAAAAAUGAAAAGAAAGAUUUGACUUUUUUCUUUCUUAUUUCAACUCUGGAUAGUAGAUAUAGUUUUUUUCUUUUUUUUUUCCGGAUAGUAGAUAUAGUUAAAGAGUAUUAAAUAACUGCAAUCAAGA